AUGACGUAUGGUCACCAAACCUUCUGCUCAAUUCUGACUGGCAUUUCCGUUUUUGACAGCGCUGGAUCUCUUGAAGAACGAAAGAGUAAGUACAAUGACGGGAUUUUUCACCUACCGGAAUUUCUCUUUGCAGGAUACACCAGAACUAGAUGGGAAGGUGGCUGUUGUGACAGGCGGGCAAGAAGGCAUUGGCAAAGGCAAGCCAAGAUCACAGCUCAGCUCUUGCUCCAUGGGAUUGAGAAAGUGAUUGUUGUCGCCAGAAGCGAGGACAAGUUUAACAUCGCGCGGAAGGAAUGGAUUUGCCGUGAUGGCAUCACACUCAGUGAUGAUUCUGUACAAGUUGAAUUUGUUCAAGCUGAUCUGGGCGAUGUCGAAAGUGUUCGUACGGCCUGUGAACAUAUCAAGGCAAAGACAGACCUCAUCCACAUUCUGAUCUGUAAUGCUGGACUUGGAGUGCCAUAUGAGUGUCAGCGCUCGCCCCAAAAUAUCGACCAUGUCUUCGCAGCCAACUGUGUCGGUCACCAGGUUCUCACGACGGUACUUCUUCCGCUUCUUAAGAAUGCUGCCUCAAUAGCCCCCAAUGGUGCUCGUGUGGUGGUCACUACGUCUUCUCUGCACCUUAUCUGUCGACGUCUUGACUGUGACCUACUCACGUCCCCGACACGCAUAAAAUGGCCAGCUCUUUAUGAUGGCAUGUGGCGCUACGGUCGUUCAAAGCUUGGAAACAUCCUCUUUGCUAAAGAAUUGAGUCGUCGGCUUCUCGAGGACCAAGAUCCACCUAGCAAGCAGAUCUAUGUCAACUCAUACUUCCCUGGAAACAUAGUCACAGCCCAAUGGCUGGCCUGGAGCUCUUAUUUUGGAGCUUGGAUUGGACUACUCAUGCGCAUGAUCGGCUCACGUUUGGGACAGACGGCUGAAGAUGGUGCAGCAACGGCGAUCUACCUCGCAGCGAGUGCCGAAGUGAAGGACAUGAAUUUUCGCGGGGAGUACUUCAUCCCCAUUGCGACUUCCUCUGAUCCGAGCCCGAUGGGCAAAGACAUGUACCUCGGGCAACAGUUGUGGGAAUGGAUUGAUACACAUGUCACCAAGAUCCUAGGGCCAAACUGGAAGAAU